GGCCCCUGCGGGACAACAUAAACAGAGAAAUGACCCGGGGUAUUGGCGCUACGCGGGGACAAGUCUUUUAGACAACAAGUAGCCAUCGGAUUGUGGUUGAGACGUUGAACAAAAUCAGAAGCUAGCUACUUGUAAUAAGAGUUGAAGAUGCAGCGUCUCCUAGCGUUCGUUUUCUUCAGUCUCAUGGCUGCUCUAGGUGAGAAGUCACUGUCCGAAGCCUGCUAUGCGAAAGCAAGGCGGUUUGUUUCCGAUGGACCUGUCGACGUCAAGUAUUACCUCCACACCCGUGAAAACGGCGGUACCCCUACUGUUCUGACGGGCAACAUCCCUAACGUGAGCGACACGCACUACCGCAGUGACCGCCCAACCAAAUUCAUCAUCCACGGGUUCCGCAGCCAGGGCGACCUUCCGUGGGUUCUGGAAAUGGCCAAUGCACUGCUGCAAGCGGAGGAUUUGAACGUAUUUGCUGUGGAUUGGCGGGAAGGCGCCGCAUCAGUAGUCGGAGUGACAUAUAUCAAGGCGAAGAAUAACUGUCGAACAGUUGGGCAGAUUGUUGGAGAGUUUGUGACCAAGUUGGGACAGCCCCCGAACAUGACACACAUCAUCGGCCAUAGUCUGGGAGCGCAUGCCGCGGGGUUCGCCGGGAUGACUGCACAGUCAGAAGCGAAUCUCACAAUCGCGCGAAUCUCGGGGUUAGACCCAGCAGGACCGUUGUUUAGAGGAAAUCCCCCGGCGGAUCGUUUGGACAGAAGUGACGCCACGUUUGUAGAUGUCAUCCACACAGAAACUUUCAUCCUGGGGAUAAAAGAGCCAGUGGGUCACGUCGACUUCUACCCAAACGAAGGAUGGCUCCAGCCUGGAUGUUUCUUAUCGGAAUUAAGCGCAUGUAGCCAUAGCAGGGCUCAAGACUUCUUUACCGAGUCUAUCAGCUCAGAGUGUCAGUUCCUUGCCUACCGCUGUCAUAGCUGGGACACUUUCAUCAGGAACCAACAGCUGCUAUGUGACGACUGCAGCCAUAUCGGUCUGAAUGGUGCCUGUUCGGUGAUGGGGUAUCAUUCCGUCAACUAUCGGAACUACGCGGGAGACAGCAUGUACCUGAUGACCAAAAAUGCGGACAUCCCCCCACACUGCAGGACCGGGCGUGCAAGACGUGACACUGAGACUGAGCAGUGUGUGCAGUCCCUGGACUCAGACUUGCGACAGGAAAUACGGGACUAUGUGGACUCCAUCGCCGACAUGAAGGAAAUGGGCUUGCAGGAAGACUUUUGCAGCAUGUAUUCCGUCAUGGAGGCUGGCGUGGCUAACAUCACAGCACCCGUGACCAACUGUGGACCUGAAGAUAUUCCUGUUAUCCUGGAGUACAUAGCAGACGGCAAGUACGACGCCGUGAAGGGCUGGGCAGUGGACCUGUGCCCCAGGAGCGGCGGUGAUCGCGCCUUUACUCUCAAGUCGGCAAGUUUGGUCAUCGGACUUCAGCUCAUCCUUGUUGUUACUUUGUGGGGUUAAAUGUAAUACUGAAUGUAACACAAAGUGUUUUGUUUUUGCUGCCUGAAUCUGUUAUUAUUAUUGUUAUUAUCAUUAAAUAGUUGCAGGAGCUAAAAGUUUUGUUGUGUGUGGGGGGGGGAGUAGUGCUAUGUCCCAAGUGCAGCUAAAACAACAGGACCUAAUUGACUCAUUUGCAUUAACUGUCUUAGCUUAACUUCCCUUUGAAAUCCAAUUGUCUUCAGCUUGACCUUGACUUACCUUUGUUUUCUUUGGAAUCGAAAUUGUCUUCAGCCUGAAUUGUCUUACAACGUUUCCUAUUAGACAGUGUCUUCAUUCAUAGUUAGAGUAUAAAAGACCUGUUUCUUCCAGAUCACUUCAGUGUCACUGACGAAAACUGGUGGAUUCCAGUUGAAACGUCUGACAAUUUCCAAAAUCCAUAUCCAUAUCCAGUUACUUGAGUAACUACUUUUUGGCGUAUCUUUUAUCUUUUUGGGGUACCUACUGGCUGGCAAAAUACACCAGAUGAUUAUUACCUGGAUGUGUAGCCUACAUCGACGUAUUACAAUAAUUGUAUUAAGUUAUCUUGAGUUGUUUGUAUUGUAAAUAGGUGACGACUUACGAAUGAAUGUUAAGUUAUUCAAGUUGACCUUUGAUUUCAUUUUGAUCAGUUGUAAUGUUUAUUGUGUUAUUUCAUGUUGGGGUCUCCCCGGCCCCCCAGGAGGCAUUGAAAAACGCCAGUAGGCGAUGUGUACUUUCCUGGAAACUGAAUAAACUGUUUUGUUUUACAUGUA